AAUUUUUUUUUAUUAAUUAUUAAUUAUUACAUUUCAUAUUAUUUGUAAAAAAAAUAGUAUAAACUUAUAUACCUAUUACCUAAGCAGACUAAUAGGUUAAGUUUAAGUAGAAAUUUAUCAUUUUUCUAUUUGGUCUAAAUUUAAGUUCAAAUUAUACUUAACACAAUCAUAAUUUAGUUCUUCGUUGGUUAUUGACAUAUGCUGAUUGUUUCUUGCAAUCAUUCAGUACAUUCAAUUUAAAUAAGAUUAUUAUAAUAUGGAUAAUAACCAUGAAACAACUGCAACUAAGCCAGAAGGAUUGGAGCAGGAUGAAUUGAUAAUUCAACAACACCGAGAAAUUGAAAAAGAGAUUUCCGAUUCUAUAUUGUUAAUUGGUCAAAAAGAAGAAUUAACAUCACUUGAAACUGAAUACAUAAAUGAUCCUGUGUACUUAACUAAAAUUCAAGAUCUAAAUAAAAAGUACAAAUGCAUGAGACGUGCGAGGCCAGAUGGUAACUGCUUCUUUAGGUCAUUUGCUUUUGCAUAUUUUGAAUAUUUGAUAGACCAUAAUGAAGAAUAUAAGCAUUUUAAAGAGCGUGCCCUAAAAAGCAAAGAUGAAUUGAUCUCUUGUGGUUUUACUCAAUUCACAUUGGAGGAUUUUCACGAUACAUUUAUGGAAGUGGUCAAUUUGAUUGGUGAAGGCCAACAUGAUAAAUUAUAUGAUACUUUCAAUAUGCAAGGUUACUCAGAUUAUGUGGUGGUGUAUCUUCGUCUGAUAACCUCAGGACAGCUGCAAAAAGAUGCAGAGUUUUAUAAGCAUUUUAUUGAAGGGGAUCGGACAGUUGUUGAGUUUUGUCACCAGGAAGUAGAGCCGAUGUUCAAAGAAAGUGAUCAUAUUCAUAUUAUUGCAUUGAGUACAGCAUUAAAUGUCGGAGUUCGUGUAAGAUACAUGGACAGAGGUGAAUCAUCUGAAGCUAUUGCUCAUGAUUUUCCUGAAGGAUCUCCAGUCUGUGUUCAUCUUCUCUAUAGGCCAGGCCAUUAUGAUAUAUUAUACAGCAGAUAAAGUCAAAAGUAUUGAAAAAUGAAGUUAUUUAAUUAAUACAAUCAAAUUUAAAAUCAUAUUUAAAGGGUUGUUUUAUUUAAAUAUUAAAAAGAAAAAGAAAUUGAUAGUUCCAUAUCUACAUUACACCAACUCAUCGAAUAUCCUAAGCUUGAUUGAACUUAUUUAAUAGAUUUUUAAUAAAAGUAUUGUACACUCAUACUAUAGAUUAACUUGCUCACAAACUAUGUGUUUUUUUGUUAUAAUAUUGUCUUGAAAGCAUGUACAUUUUUAUUUCUAAUGUUUCUAGGUGAUGUGCAAUAAUAAUAAUAUUUUAAUUUUUUUUUUAAUAAGUUUAUUUAGAUAGAGAUUAUAAUUAUCAGGCAAUUAAACCAUUAUAAAUACAAAACAUGUUAAAUUACAUAAUAUUAAUUAAAAUUUAAAACAAAUAACUUAGGACAAUUAUAAGUGCAUAUUCAUACUCUUUAAACUAUGGCACUGAUUAUUUUAUUCAUUAAAAGAUGAAUUAAUCGAUUUGAUUUUUUAAUUAUACUAUGGUGUAGAUAAAAUUCUGAAAAUUAAUUUGAAAAUAUUUAUAUUUAUCAUUUGUCAUAUUAAAUAUGUAGCAUAAUAAUUUAACCAGUUAAAUUAAAUUCAUUAAUUUGUUAUGAUGAGUAUAUUGUACCACAUAUUGAAUAAAGAGUAAAGACUUUGGAA